AGGAAAAUUACUUUGGUCUUAGCUUUGUUGCAGGUAUUUGUGAAGAAAUCUUGAGGGAAAAUCUGGAAGAAAAAAAUGGCCCAUCAAUCAAGCGCGUGGUGUGUUGUUCAGAAAUGCAACAAAAAUAUUGUGGAAAAACGACAUUUUUUUCGGUUUCCAAAGGAACAUGAAAGAUGGUUGCAAUGGAUACGUGCUUGUGAAAGAUUAGAUUUGGAAGCAAUGGGUGCAGAAUAUGGCCAUCGCAAUUAUCGAUUGUGCCACUUACAUUUUGAAGAAAAGUGGUACAAGCAAUGCAUGUAUUACAACAUCAGCAAUUGAAAAGAUGGAUGAAGAGCUACCUGAAGAAGAAAAUCUUUAUAUUUUACAACAAGAGGAAACAAAUAGUGACUUACAAUCGAAAUCAUUCCCGCCUAUAACAGAGCAGAUGCCAAAAUGUGAUAAAGAUGUCCAUAUUAUUGCUAAGCCGAGCACGUCCAACAGCACAAUAAGAAGAGAAGAAAGUCCGCGGAAGAAAAAAUUGCAACAACGCAUUGUACGAUUACAAGGGAGAGUAAAAACACUGGACGAAAGAAACAGACGGCUUCAGAAGAAAGUGAAGAUUUUAAUUGUAAGGAAGAAAAAAGCAGAAAAAGAGAAGCUUAAGGACCAUGAGAUUCUACGUCAAUUAGGCU